AUGCCCCCCCUUGUACCCGGUGUGGAGGUUUCUCGGCUAGGAGACAACGGCGAGGUUGUCUUCGUGGUUGGGUGGAGGGAAAACGAUCCAAGUAACCCGCUCAACUGGUCUAUGCUUCGCAAGUGGAUGGUCAUGUUGACCUGCUGUCUGGUUGCUAUCGCCAUGACAGUCCCCUCCUCGGUGGAGGGUGCCACUCAAGACGCCUUCGAUGCGCACUUCGGUGUUAACGCCAUGGCUGGAUCCAUGACAACCGGUAUCUUCCUCAUUGGAAUCGGCGUUGGCUCUCUUUUCGCCGGUCCAUUCUCCGAGACCUUCGGCCGCAAUGUGGUCUACUUCACCGCACUAAUGCUCGUAAUUCUGUUCGUGAUGGCAAAGGCUCUGGCACCGAGCUAUGGCGCAGCCCUUACCUUCCGCUUCCUGUGUGCUCUAUUCGCCGCUGCCCCAAUGACAGUAGCUGGCGGAACCGUCGGCGACAUCUGGCAUCCAUUGCAGAUCCCCUUCGGCCUGCCCCUCGUCACUAUCGCCGCCUACUCGGGCCCGAUCCUAGGCCCCGUGAUCGGCGCCUACACGCCGGAUAUCGGCUACGUGUGGGCCGAUUGGAUCUCGAUGAUCAUUGCCGGCGUCGCUCUGGUCGUAGUCACACUUGCCCAGCCUGAGACCUUCAGCCCUAUUCUUUUGGAAUGGCGCGCGAAGCACCUCCGCGAACUGACUGGUGAUAGCCGGUACCGCGCUGCCCAUGCGUCUACCUCUUCAAACGCAUUAGGCCCGCGUCUACUCACCAACGUCUCCCGGCCCUUUGUCAUGAUCUGGACUGAGCCUAUCAUUCUUAUCUUCAGUUUCUACCUAGUCCUUCUCUACUUCGUGCUGUUUACCUUCCUUAAUGGCUACCCCUUCAUCUUUGCCAAUGUGUACGGUAUCAGCACUAGCUUGACCUUCAUUAUCUUCAUCGCCAUGAUUCCCGGUGUUAUUGUUGCUCUGGCUAUGAUUCCUCCUCUGUAUACCAUGACCAAGAAGGCCGCAAGACAGGCUGAGGCUGAGGGUCAGGCUUUGCAGCCCGAGGUAUCGCUCUACUGGGCCAUGGCAGGCGCAUCUAUCAUGAUGCCGGUUUCUCUCUUCUGGAUGGCCUGGACCUGCUACGCCGAUAUCAGUAUCUGGUCCCCGAUCGUGGCCUCCGGCGUCUUCGGCUGGGCCCUUGUUUGCAUUUUCACGACGACAUACAUGUAUAUCAUCUUCGUGUACCUGCAGUAUGCUGCGUCGGCACUUGGAUUCAUGACCUUUGCGCGGUACGUCGUCGCUGGUGCUCUUAGCCCUGCUUCUGUCAAGAUGUACGAGAGAAUUGGUCCCCAUUGGUCGGUGACUAUUGUUGCUGCUCUGGCUACUCUUAUGGCGCCUGUUCCCUAUAUGCUUUACAAGUAUGGCCAUAAGGUUCGUGCUAUGAGCAAGAAUGCGGUCAAUAAGGCUUAG